AUGACCGUCAAAAGCAAGCUAGUUCUAUGUGUCAGUCCAACUGUACAAGUUACAAACAGAAACAAGUCCGUUUUUGGUGGUUUGCAACAUCUGUAUCUCUCUUAUAUGCAAGGAACAAAGAUAGCCGUUACUCCAGUUCAUACUGAAGAAGAAAUGGAGUUGUAUCUGUUAUUACGAAGAAAUAAUCCUUCGCUUGCAAAUCAAGUGUUCUCUGAAAAAAACAUGGCAAGAUUUUACCAUCUUAUGGUCUCAGCAGUAGAGGAUCAAAGCAGAUAUCUCAACUCAGUAAUUUUAAACAAAGAAAGAGUUGACUCUGCUUCUACCUUGAUUAAAGAAUCAUACGAAAAAAGACCACUUGAAAAAGCUAAUCGUUUCCUCCUAUUACCAGGACAAACAAUCAUGCCAAAUAUUCAAAACUCAAAAGAAAUACAUCAACAAGAUAACGCUUCGUCGACAUCCAAACCUCUUCCUAAAAUUAUGCCAUCUCAAUACAUCUAUGCACAAAACUCCAAUAUGCCUCCCAAUUUUAACUAUUCUAUGCACUUAAAUAACAUGUUUCCAUCUCGCCUACCUCAAAAUCUUAUGCCUCAAAACCUUAUGUCUCAAAACCUUAUGUCUCAAAACCCUAUGCCUCAUAACCCUAUGCCUCAUAACCCUAUGCCUCAAAACCUUAUGUCUCAAAACCCUAUGUCUCAAAACCUUAUGAAUCUACCUUUAAGCCCAUCACAUACGACGUCACGAAAACAUCGACUCCUUUAUUCCAAUACACCACCACCCACUGUAAUGUGUGAAUCAAACCCUAAGCGAAAAAAAACAAGAACAUGUGCACUUUGCCAUAGCAAUAUCUGCCCCGGAAGCUCUAAAAGAAAAUAUUGUACAUAUAAGCCUCAAUAA